AGGCGGGGCGUGUUCUGCGCCCGGAAAUUCCCGCGCUGCCUCCGGAAAGAAACUCGGAGCGGCCCGCGUGAGGACGCGGCCGGCGCGGGGUUCGCAGCGCGCACCCAGCGGGCGGGCCGCGGAUCGGCGCCAACGAACAAAGCAGACAGUUCGAGAAGAAGGUAUUACGAAAAGGGUUCAACUACAAACGCUCCA